AUGCCCUCCUCUCCAAGCUGCAGCCGCCGCAGUAGCCAAAGCCGCGCGCGCGGGGCCCAGGCGGCCCGGCACGAGCCGCCCCCGCCCCGGCCCCUCCCCCCACAGCCCGCCCACGCGGAGCCGGAGUCGCGCGUCGGAGCGCGCGCUCAGGCGCGCACGUCCUUGCGCCUGCGCGUCACUCAGGCCUGCCAGUGCGUGUCUGAGGCAGAGGUCUUGGCAGAACAGUUGAGUGAGGAGGAAGAGGAGGAGGAAGAAGAGGAGGAGGAGGAAGAGGAGGAAGAAGAAGAGGAGGAGGAGGAAGAGGAGGAAGAAGAAGAGGAAGAAGAUGAGGAAUCUGGCAAUCAGUCUGAUAGGAGUGGUUCUAGUGGUCGACGAAAAGCCAAGAAGAAAUGGCGGAAGGACAGCCCUUGGGUGAAGCCCACAAGAAAACGUCGAAAGCGGGAGACACCCCGUGCCAAGGAGCAGAGAGGGGUGAAUGGUGUUGGUCCCUCUGGCCCCAGCGAGUACAUAGAGGUGCCUCUGGGGUCCCUGGAGCUACCCAACGAGGGAAACCUUUCUCCCAACCAUGCUGGGGUAUCAAAUGACACAUCAUCCCUGGAAACAGAGCGGGGGUUUGAGGAGUUACCCCUGUGUAGCUGCCGUAUGGAGGCUCCAAAAAUUGAUCGGAUCAGCGAGAGGGCUGGUCACAAAUGCAUGGCUACAGAGAGUGUGGAUGGAGAGCUGUCAGGCUGCAGUGCAGGAAUCCAAAAGCGGGAAACAAUGAGGCCUUCCAGCAGAGUAGCUCUGAUGGUACUCUGUGAAAUGCAUCGAGCCCGGAUGGUUAAGCAUCACUGCUGCCCAGGCUGUGGCUAUUUUUGCACAGCGGGCACAUUCUUGGAGUGUCACCCUGAUUUCCGAGUGGCCCAUCGCUUCCACAAAGCCUGCGUGUCCCAGCUGAAUGGGAUGGUUUUCUGCCCCCACUGUGGGGAAGACGCUUCUGAGGCCCAGGAGGUGACAAUUGCCCGGAGUGAUGGGGUGGCCCCACCUCCUGGCACUGCUGCUCCUGUCCCCCCACCCCCUGCCCAGGAUGCCCCUGGACGGGCCGACACUUCCCAGCCCAGUGCCAGGAUGCGGGGUCAUGGAGAACCAAGGCGCCCCCUCUGCGAUCCACUGGCUGACACCAUCGAUAGCUCAGGCCCUUCUCUGGCAUUGCCCAAUGGCAAUAUCCUCUCAGCCGUAGGCCUAGGAGCUGGGCCAGGCCGAGAAGCCCUAGAGAAGGCACUCGUCAUCCAAGAGUCUGAGCGGCGGAAGAAGCUUCGCUUCCAUCCCCGUCAGUUGUACUUGUCAGUGAAACAGGGAGAGUUGCAGAAAGUCGUCCUGAUGCUCUUGGACAACCUGGACCCCAAUUUUCAAAGUGACCAGCAAAGCAAGCGUACACCCCUGCAUGCGGCUGCACAGAAGGGCUCUGUUGAGAUCUGCCAUGUGCUCCUGCAGGCUGGAGCAAAUAUUAAUGCUGUGGAUAAGCUGCAGCGGACCCCUCUGAUGGAGGCUGUGGCCAACAACCACGUGGAGGCUGCUCGAUACAUGGUGCAGCGAGGAGGCUGUGUCUAUAGCAAGGAGGAAGAUGGUUCCACUUGUCUUCACCAUGCUGCUAAGAUUGGCAACCUGGAGAUGGUGAGCCUGCUGCUUAGCACUGGCCAAGUGGAUGUUAAUGCUCAGGAUAAUGGGGGCUGGACACCCAUCAUCUGGGCAGCGGAACAUAAACAUAUUGAAGUCAUUCGAAUGCUACUGACCCGAGGAGCAGAUGUCACCCUCACUGACAAUGAAGAGAACAUCUGUCUGCACUGGGCAUCCUUCACAGGCAGUGCUGCCAUUGCCGAGGUCCUCCUGAACGCCCGCUGUGACCUCCACGCAGUCAACUACCACGGAGACACGCCCUUGCAUAUCGCCGCUCGAGAGAGUUACCACGACUGUGUGCUGCUUUUCCUGUCCAGGGGGGCAGAUCCAGAGUUAAGGAACAAAGAAGGAGAUACUGCCUGGGACCUGACCCCCGAGCGCUCUGAUGUCUGGGUGGCCUUGCAGCUCAACCGAAAGCUUCGCCUCGGUGUGGGGAACCGAGCUCUUCGGACGGAGAAGAUCAUUUGCAGAGAUGUAGCUCGGGGUUAUGAGAACGUGCCGAUCCCCUGCGUCAAUGGGGUGGAUGGGGAGCCGUGCCCCGAAGAUUACAAGUAUAUCUCUGAGAACUGUGAAACUUCCACUAUGAAUAUUGACCGGAACAUCACGCACCUGCAGCACUGCACCUGCAUGGAUGACUGCUCAAGUUCCAACUGUCUCUGUGGCCAACUCAGUAUACGGUGCUGGUAUGACAAGGAUGGACGUUUGCUUCAGGAGUUUAAUAAGAUUGAGCCUCCCCUGAUCUUUGAGUGUAACCAGGCCUGUGCCUGCUGGAGAAGCUGCAAGAAUCGAGUGGUCCAGAGUGGUAUUAAGGUUCGGCUACAGCUCUACCGUACUGCCAAGAUGGGUUGGGGUGUCCGUGCAUUACAGACCAUUCCCCAGGGUACCUUCAUCUGCGAGUAUGUUGGGGAACUGAUCUCAGAUGCUGAGGCAGAUGUUCGGGAAGAUGACUCCUAUCUCUUUGAUCUGGACAAUAAAGAUGGAGAGGUGUACUGCAUCGAUGCCCGAUACUACGGCAACAUCAGCCGCUUUAUCAAUCAUUUGUGUGACCCCAAUAUCAUCCCCGUCCGAGUCUUUAUGCUGCACCAAGACCUCAGGUUCCCCCGAAUCGCCUUCUUCAGUUCUCGAGACAUCCGGACUGGCGAGGAGCUAGGGUUCGAUUAUGGCGACCGGUUCUGGGAUAUUAAGAGCAAGUAUUUCACCUGUCAGUGUGGCUCUGAAAAGUGUAAGCAUUCAGCAGAGGCCAUUGCCCUGGAGCAGAGUCGCCUGGCCCGCCUGGACCCCCACCCAGAACUGAUUCCUGAGCUUGGGCCCUUAAGCUCCUUCGGUUCCUGACCCCCGUUACACUGACUUCUGGGGGCUUCCCCACAAAGUUUCUUCUCAUGGGAAUUGUUCUCACCCCCAGAGCUAGCUGCUUUUUUUCCCACCCACACACUGUCCCAAGCCAUUCCUGUUUCCUUGUGUCAACUGUUUUGAAAGUGGGAUUCUCUCACCAUCACCAGGAGUUGAAUUUGGAGAGAUGGAGUCCUAUUCUGCCAUAAUGAUUGCUUCCCAGACCCACUUCCCCACCUUGGGACAAAAGUGACCUCCUUUCUAUUCCUCCACAGCCCAUCCCCCCACCCCCCCAGUAGAGAGGGACACACACACACAGACACACACCAGACACCCAUCACACAUACAUGCACCUGAAGUUGGAAUUGGAUUAAACAAAGGGCACCUUUGGGGACCUGAACACCCAAAUGAGGUGUGUAUCCAGCAACAUCCUGACCUCCCCAGAAAGCCCAGGACUGUCCAUGUUCCCCCACCCUGAAUAUCGCCUCCCCCAAAUUAUCACUUGACAACACCCUACCCCAGGCUCCAGACCUCCCUGGAGAUUUUUUUUUUUUCCUCAAUAAAUGUCUUGGUUUGGUUAUAAA